ACUUUCCUCCCCGUAUUGCCUUUCUGUUGCCUCUUCCUGAUCAUCUUUCUUUAUCCGGUGGACGUCAGGUUCCUACGCCACCGAACGCUGGCUGACCCUCUCGCGCCUCUGAUAAUCCCAUGUUUUCUUUUUCCUUGCUUCGUAUUGUGAUUUAAGAUUAAAUUACAUCUCUCGAUUCGGUUUAAACAACUGCAGAAUUAGUGGGAUUUUAAAGUGCUGUUGUGGGAAGCUAACAUUUCGACUUCCCUGCUCCGGAUCACGACAUCGCUCUUGGCUGUCCCGUCAUUUCACCUUAAAUUUAUCCACUCUGCCGCAUUUUCCUCGAUAUUCAAUUCUCCACAGGCUCUGACUAUGGACCUUGUUUAAACACAGUGUUACAUCAGCCUCUCUUAUCAACGUCUUCUGUGCUCUUCUUUUCUUCCUUCCUCCAUCCGGCCUUCUUCCAAGUCACCCUACUGCUGUUUGACCUCAUACUUCCUGGAUUCCGAAGAACCACGGGGUGAUCUAUAGUGGUAGACUUUGGGCAGUCCCGCCCCAAUCCUACAUCAACUCCGGAGACCAUGUCGGGCGAUCUCAAAACCAAAGUUGGCCACGGCGUGGCCAAGGCCUUGGGAAUCAAGCUCCCCUAUCGUGACCCUUUGGGAGCUGGUGCUGACCCAGUCACCCGGGGCGAGUCGAUGUUCUCCGUCGGCACCAUUGACACAUAUUCCUAUCUGGAGCCCGAACCCACGUCCGCCGAAUGGCUGAAGGAGAUCUGCCCUUCCUGGGCUCAGGUAGGCAGCUAUUUCUACAGACUAUUCCCUUUCCUCUCGUGGAUUACGAGGUACAACUUGCAAUGGCUUCUGGGAGAUAUGAUUGCCGGUGUCACGGUCGGUGCCGUGGUGGUUCCGCAGGGAAUGGCCUAUGCUAAACUGGCAAACUUACCGGUAGAGUUUGGUCUCUAUUCCUCGUUCAUGGGUGUUCUCAUUUAUUGGUUUUUCGCCACCUCAAAAGAUAUCACCAUUGGUCCGGUGGCUGUCAUGUCUACCCUGACAGGUACGAUAGUGGCCGAGGCGCAGAAGAAGAUCCCGGAUGUCGAGACGCAUGUAAUCGCAUCCUGUUUGGCUGUCAUUUGUGGCGCCGUCGUUUGCGCUAUGGGCCUGCUCCGACUCGGAUUCAUCGUGGAUUUCAUUCCUCUACCGGCAAUUUCUGCUUUCAUGACGGGUUCUGCCAUCAACAUCUGCUCCGGCCAGGUCAAGGAUAUGCUUGGAGAGACGGCCAGUUUUUCGACGAAAGAUUCUACAUACAUGGUUAUCAUCAACACCCUCAAGUAUCUUCCCACCGCAAAAAUUGAUGCCGCCAUGGGUGUCAGUGCUUUGGCGAUGCUGUACAUUAUCCGCUCGGGUUGUAACUAUGGCGCGAAGAAGUUUCCCCGUCACGCCAAGGUUUGGUUCUUCGUUUCGACUUUGCGGACAGUGUUUGUGAUCUUGUUCUAUACGAUGAUCAGUGCCGCGGUCAACCUGCACCGACGGGAUCAUCCGCGAUUCAAGCUCCUGGGCAGCGUUCCUCGUGGUUUUCAACAUGCGGCUGUCCCGCAGGUGAAUGCGAGGAUCAUCAAGACUUUUGCGAACGAGCUGCCUGCUUCGAUUAUUGUCCUCCUGAUCGAACACAUUGCGAUCUCGAAAUCCUUCGGUCGUGUCAACAACUAUACCAUUGAUCCAUCCCAGGAGCUGGUUGCUAUCGGUGUGUCGAACUUGCUUGGGCCGUUCCUUGGUGGAUACCCUGCGACUGGAUCGUUCUCCCGAACUGCAAUCAAAUCGAAAGCUGGUGUCCGCACCCCACUCGCCGGUGUUAUCACUGCCAUUGUUGUCCUCCUCGCCAUUUACGCUCUGCCCGCGGUCUUCUUCUACAUCCCGAAAGCUUCCCUUGCUGGAGUCAUUAUUCAUGCGGUCGGUGACCUCAUCACCCCACCAAACACCGUGUACCAGUUCUGGCGCGUGUCCCCCCUGGAUGCCAUCAUUUUCUUUAUCGGCGUGAUCGUGACCAUCUUCACCACGAUUGAGAUCGGCAUCUACUGUACCGUUUGUGUGUCUGUUGCCAUUCUGUUGUUCCGCGUCGCCAAGGCCCGCGGCCAAUUCUUAGGAAGAGUCACGAUUCACUCAGUGAUUGGUGACCACCUGGUACAGGAUGAUGGGAAAUAUGGGUCUGCCAACUCCCCCCAUUCUGACAGCGAUGACAAAGACGGAUUGAGUCGGUCGAUUUUCUUGCCUAUCAACCACACGGACGGAUCGAAUCCCGACGUGGAGGUGCAGCAACCUUACCCUGGUAUCUUCAUCUACCGGUUCUCCGAAGGAUUCAACUACCCCAAUGCCAAUCACUACACCGAUUAUCUGGUCCAGACUAUUUUCAAGCAAACUCGUCGCACCAAUCCGUUCUCCUACGGUAAACCGGGUGAUCGGCCAUGGAAUAAUCCAGGCCCUCGCAAGGGCAAGUCCGAAGCAGACCACUCGCAUUUGCCCAUCCUGAAGGCUGUCAUCCUGGACUUCUCAUCCGUCAACAAUGUUGAUGUGACCUCCGUCCAGAACCUCAUCGAUGUCCGCAACCAACUCGAUCUCUACGCUUCGCCCAAGACUGUGCAAUGGCACUUUGCGCAUAUUAACAACCGCUGGACGAAACGAGCCCUUGCCGCAGCUGGGUUCGGCUUCCCAUCUCCGGAUGCGGGUGAAGGGUUCCAUAGGUGGAAGCCCAUUUUCAGCGUGGCUGAGAUCGAAGGUAGUGCCUCUGCUGCAGCUCAUGCAGAGAUGGUGAACAACGAACACGCCCAGCAUGCUAUCAAGAGCGAAGACCUCGAGCAUGGCCUCAAGCACCAUUCCGAGACCACCGAGCGUGAGACCCACGGCAUCGAAGAAUCGUCCGAUGCCAGCAGCACCCAGGACGACAAGUUGCAACGGGACCUGAAGGACAGCAAGGCCUACCGCAGUCGCCGACGAGUCGCCAUGGUGCAGGGUCUCAACCGGCCAUUCUUCCACAUUGACCUGACGAGUGCACUGCAGAGCGCCUUAGCCAACGCGGGCGAGGACCUGGACCCUACCAUGAAUGUCCUUGAUGCAUAGUCGGUUUUUUUUUUUUUACUUUGUUUUGCCACAUAUGAUACUCCCUGGUCGGAGUCCACCUUUAUACUGCCUCGAGAAGGGCCUUUGACUUCUGUUAUAUAAUGUUUGUUUCAAGCGAGUCCACCUACACUGUGUUGCUUUGAUUGAAGUUGGUUGGAAUCGUUGAUAGGCACCUACAUAUACCCCCCCCUGACAUCUGGCUUUCGUGUAUAUAUAUAGACUUUUCUUGAUGCACAUAUACAUCGUCAUCCAUAUACGUGCAGUCUUCAAAACUUUG